CGUGUGUGGAGCGUGGCUGGUGCUGAGCGCCGUGCAGUGAGUGGCUGGAUGCGCGCAGGGCGUGGGAGAAAGAGGCGGGGCCGGGUUGCGUAGAGGCAAAGGGGACAAGCAGCCAAAGGAAGCGGCGGCGAUGAUCAUUUGAUAGAAAGAGAUCACACCCGAAGCAUCCCAUCGUCAGUCUACUCGACCCCGGAUCAUCCACUACUCGCACCCAGCUUCUUCAGCUUCACACGCUCCCUGCCAGUCGCUUCUCCGAGACAUCUACUCUCUCCCCCUCCUCGCAUCCAUCACACGUCUGACGCGGCCGUCUACACGUCUUCCGCCGCUCCUCCACUCACGAGCUCAUUCUUCAGAUCCGCCUCUUCUGUUCCUACCCACAAAGCCCUCGAUAGCGACGACUGCCACUCUUCCAGUAAUCCGCCAAGAUGUCGCGGCCGGCUUCCUCGAGUCUCUUUACAGGGGCAGCUAGGAAGUCUGGCAUAUCACUAGCCUUUCCCCGGGCAAAUGGUACAGCCGGCGCUCACCUCUCCGUGAGGGAGCGCCUCUCGGCUAGAUCUAGAGUCACCAAUCUCGGAAUCGUACUCCUCUUUGCCGUCACCGCUUUCAGCAUGCUCCUCAAUCUCCGCUACAUAUUCGGCAGGAGGGCGCCUACACCGCCUCCGGGCUUUGGCACUUGGACAAGCUUCCAUGGCGUGACGCCGGCCGAACUACAGGCAAAUCUCCCUUCGCCGCCUACCGGUUCCACGAAUUUGGAUCACCUCGUCAUUGUAGCCGGGCAUGCCGUAUGGGCUGGUUGCGACUUCUCGGGAAGGGCGCAGGAUGAGAACUGGAUCCUAGAGUCAUACCAGCAAGGGGGAAGCGUGAAGACGUUUUGGAAACACAUCGAAAAGGGUUUGCAGAUUGCAGACGCAGAUCCCAAGUCCCUGCUGGUCUUCAGCGGUGGUCAGACACGUACAGUGUCUUUACAGACCGAGGCCGAGUCCUACUUCUCACUAGCCAUCUCAUCCGGCAUGAACAUCCCCGUUCUGCAAGGCUUCGACUUCCACAUUGAUGGAGUCGGCUCGUCUGGACCCGUGCAUACUGCUACAAAUCCCAAGGCGAUCACCGCUAGCGCCAAGGACAUUCUGGGCAAAGGGGCCCAUGCCAACGCAGGAGUGCCCACUGCAAAGGGACUGCAAGGAGCUCGAAUGACGACGGAGAACUUUGCUCUAGAUUCCUAUCAGAACCUCAUCUUCUCCAUAGCACGCUUUAGAGAGUAUACUGGGUCGUAUCCAGAGAGGAUCACCGUAGUGGGGUAUGGAAUGAAGAAGAGUCGCUUCGAGGAGCUGCACGCAAAGGCUCUCCGGUGGCCCGUCAAGAACUUUACAAAGGGGCAAAAGAGAUUCCAUUACGUCGGCAUCGACGACGAAGGAGACACCAAGCCCGAGUACGAGGGAGAAAAGAUCAAAGGAUACAGUCUCUUUGAGCGAGACAUGUAUGGCUGUCACGGCAAGUUGCUAGAGAAGAGGAGAUCGCGGAACCCUACAAGACGGUUCCACCCUUAUUACACUUCUGCCCCAGAGAUUGCAGAUCUCCUCAAUUGGUGUCCGCCCGAUGAGGUUGGACUACAGGGCGUCUACCCGGAGAGUGUACCUUGGGACUUGCGCGUUUCUGGGGAGCUUAGUGGAUGGGGUAGGGCUACUACCAAGUUCCGGGAAGAGCACGGGAAUAAUUGGCUGGGAGCACCUGAUACGAGGUGGCUCGAAGUUGGGCGCGAGAAACACUAAAGGUGUUGGGCUCGAGGCGCCCAGCACACAUACGUUCAGACGUUUCUCUGUG